CUAAAAUUAUGCAGUACUCACAAAUCGCCUGCCUUGGCUUGUGGAUUAAUUCAAAACCUUUGGCAUACAUGUACAUGUCCAUAUGGCAUCUUGUUAAUACAUGUAGAGCUUCUUUUCAUCAGUCUCAAUAUACAUAAAUAACAACUGUGAAAUUCCCAAAAGUGUACAUUAAUUGCUGUUUUCCGGUCAACCAAAAGCUUAAAAAAUUCCAUGUAUGUAUUUACAUGUAUGCUUCUGAAAAUAAGACCAAAAAGAGUAGUCUUUGGUUUAUGAAUUUAGCCUGUUUUUAGUGUGAACUUUCAACGAUUGUGAGGAUUUAUUUUUUACUAUUUAUGAAUCUGGAUGAAAAUUUUACAAUAACUAAAGAUACAAGUAUACAUGGUCUAAGCAUUUCUAGCGAUGUAAUGUGAUCUGGUGAUGAAAAACACAAAAAGGUGUAUACAUGUGCCUGUACCUGUCAUUUUGCUAGAAAUUGGCACAGGACAAAAUUUUCAGUUGACAAAAAGAAGUUUUAGGAUUUGCCUCAUAAACCUCAGCUUCUGUGAAACGUUUGUUUGCAAGAUCUCAGAUGUCAAAGUGUUGACAUAUUUUUGCCGCAGAAUUGGCCAGUGUUGACAGUGAAUUCUCUUGCCGAUCACUUGAUGCAGAGUUCUCCCUGCACAUCCUUUGUGUGACGUCAGAAACAAACACAAAAACAACACAAAAAAGUCAAACCAAAACAUAUAUUCUGUGAACGUAGGGCUACUGUUUAUCGGAGGUGAACUGUGAGCACAUUUUGUGUGGGACUCUAAGAAUUGAAGAUUGUUUACUUUGAAUUCUAGUUUUCAUUAAACUGUGUCCGGUGUAGCUUUUGUGGGGGAGGCAGGAUGACUAUUAUUAGGCUGGUACUCAUAUUUCCUUUUUGUUUAUGUUGAACAUUACACCUCUCAUGUGAGCACAUUUCUACCUAAGCAACUGGAAAUACAUUAUGGAGUCAGGCAUUGAAAACAUAUUCAUUGCCCGUCUAUCUUCCAUACUGUACAUGUCUCCCUCGUUAUAUCUCUGGAGCUUCUUCUCAUGUACAUCCGGAGCACAUGCUGAAGGGCUGGCUCCAGAAAUUCUACGAGUCAGUACAGACAUGGAAACCUCAGCUAAUAGCAAUUCAUAUGCAAGAGGUCGGCGGCAAAGAUUUUGAGCAGUGCAUGGGCAAUGUCGACGCUUUUGUACAGAAUUUAAUAGACAGUGAGGCACUCAAGUCUUUUGAUCGGACCCUGGUGUUUCUUGACAAAGAUUUCGCUCUGGUUGACCAGUUUACGGCACUUGGUAAUUUGUACUUUGUUCAUGAGUCUCUACAGAAUGUACAGCUGUAUGACUUCAAAACAUGCAAGUUCAACACAAUUCAGGGCAAGCAGUUUGUAAAUUUGAUAAACAAAAAGACAAUAUAUGAGAAAGCCAAGUUCCCUCAGGACUUCUUCCCAGGGACAGUCUGGUCAAGAAAGGGUUUCCUCAGAACGAGAUGGAAUGUAGAAAACAGGAUAUUUGAUCUUGCCAAUAUUCACCUCUUCCAUGAUGCAUCCAACUUGGCAGCUAUGGAAACGUUUCCCUCACCGUACAGUAAAUACAGGAAAAGAGCACUGGAGCACGUGUUACAGAGAUUCUCCAAGGACAAACAUGACAAAGUUCCCCUGUUCCUCUUUGGUGAUUUCAACUUCAGGUUGGACUCACAAGGGGUGAUCCAGGCUCUUGUUGCCGAGGCAAUACCUGAGUACACAAAGGAAGACAAGAACGUGAAGAGAAUAACAUACAAGGACCGCGAUGGCAGUAGUAAGGCAAUACUCAUCCUUGAGAAAAAGAGAUUUGAGAUUGAUGACCCAGACAAGUUAAUCAGAGACAACGCUAAGUGGCUUCUUCCGCUUGACAAGGAACUUUUGUGUUUCACCAACCAACUCUUCGAGUUUGACAGAGAUUUUCCGCCAAGUUACCCCUACAGUGAAGAUGUCACUGAUGGCCGGAGUUACAUGAAGACGCGAGUCCCCGCAUGGUGCGAUCGCAUCCUGCUGUCAAAGUCAGCCAAGGCCCUCGUCAAAGAGGACCUCUACAAUAAGGCCAUGUACAGUGUAAUUGGUCAAGACAUAUGCAUGGGUGAUCACAAGCCAAUCUUUUUAAGUUUCCGGCUCGCUCCAACUCAAGUGACUCCAUACUACAAAGCAGCUGGAGCGUUGGUGUACUACCCACUCAUAUACAGGGAGACAUCUGUAUAACACAGGGCUCCACCCUUGGACCCAAGUUCCUCCUCUUGCAGUCUCAACUGAUGCAAUAUCUCGACCAGCCUCGUUUGGCCUUCUCAGGUUUCAAGACAGAAAUUACUUGAAAUUAUUUGUGUGUGUGUACGGAACAGGAAACGAUCUAUUUUCCGUGGAACCCUGUGGUACAAACUUAAUGGCAUUUAGAAUGGUUUCUUCAGUUUCUCAGAAUAUUACAAUCAUGAUAAUGGUUUCCCCUGUUUUGUUGCUAAACUGGUAUGAGAGAAACGGCUCAGAAAACACAUUAAUAACUUGUCUGCCCUACUGAGUGCUUGUCAUACAUUGUAUGUCCCAUUGGUCACAUUGCAAACCUUGCAGUGAAUUGACCAAGUGGAGAUUAAGAGCUCAUAAAUAUGCAUGCCAAAGUAGUCUCGUCACUUUCUGGUACUUUGUACAUGUAAUUUGUAUGUGUUACGGGUUGCAUAAAGUAGCCAUAUGUUGUAUGUAGGCCUUGACAUAAUCCUCACAGACCUAGUAAUUUUGAACCUCAAAUUUUUAAUUUAAAAGUGUUUUUCAUUUACUUGCUUUUUUCUAACCCCGAAUAAUAAGUGUUGCAGUUCUUUUUCCAAGUCCAACCCAAGUAUGAAUUUACUUUUCUGAUUUUUAGAAAAUAUUCGUGUGAUAGUCUUUAAACACUAAGGAGUGUGUGUUCCUUGUGAAAAUUGUGCAAUCAUAGAAGUAGCAGUUUUGUUAUGUAGCUAUAUCUUAAACUCAUAGUUAUCCCGAACUCGACCCAAAAAUUGAUCCUUGAGUCUUUUUUUUUUUUUUUUUGUUUGGUCAUGAAUUUUGAAACUCUUCUCUAAAAUAAGGCAUGCACAAUUUUCUGGUAAAAUGUGCUAGUUGAAAAGCUUUCGUGGUAAUCUAGGGCCCCUUGUUUGUCGGAAGUAUUUGUUAUGCAAGUAAAAAGACCAGAGGCUGUGCUUUACACUUGAUCUAAAACGGGGAGUGAUUUAUUUACACUUGCCGUUUAAAGAGUUUGGACGUCAUUGUAGGAGCAAAAUGCCAUCGGAAAAAUUGAUACAGGUUGUGUUAUUGUAGAUUUGAUUAGGGAUGUUUAAAUAUAUUAAGUUUUAACCUACUGCCAGGGUCCUAUGAUUAAUUUAUGGUUUGUACGUGAAACAAAAAAAUCAUGGUCAGUAUCAGAACACAUACUGGAAAGCCAGCGUUUCCAAGUCGAGGCCUAUUUUUUUUCUAUUGUGCUAAGGUCAUCAAAAAACGUAAAAUUUUGUAUUGGACAGGCGUAUCUGCCAAUCGGGUCUUGGUUUUCUGUCCUUUUUUGUCAGUUCAAACUCAUUACUUACCAAACCACUGAUAGUAAUUUAUUUUUCAAGAUCAGUUUCGAAAGAUCUGCCAUCAAAAAUGGCAGGUAUCCGUACGUCUUUGUCCGAUAAAAAUCAUUUUCGGCCGAGAAAAAGCCGACUUAAUGACUGGAAGCAUGACUACUCGAUGAGUUGAAAUUAACACUGAGGUACCAUAGUGGACCUAUUCAAAGGGUGAUCAGGAUAAAAGGCGUUAUUUUUAGGUUGUCAACAGAACAAGAGUGGAUAACGUAUAUACUAUUAUGCAAUGUUUAUUAUUUUAAAUCAUCUAAAUCGUCAUUAAAUGCUGUUGUAAUGAAUGAUACACGGGAAAAGUGGUUCGUGAUGAAGAGCACGUCUCCCUCAUCGAGCAUGCACAUGGCAAUUUUUUUUGUUUGUCUAUGGUUCUACCAAGGCCAAAAUGUGGAUGCGUUCUCAGCGAACUUCUGAUAUCACCGUACUACCCUAACAAGUUGGCGUGAGGUAAUUUUAUAGUAUACCUAGACUGCUCUGGAUUCUACCGUACCCACGUGUAUUCCCAUUCUUAAUUAACAAUGGUAAUUUCAGAGGUUCAUGUACAGUGCACUCCAUUAUAUUGUCAGCAAAACUAUAACCUAAAUUAUUGUAUUCGUUAUAAAUAUCUAUGUGUAUAAAGUCUCGUUAACUAGAGUUUUUAUUUAAGUUUGGACAGUUAGGGCCCUAGUGUGGUUUCACAGUGCCUGUUGUUAGCUUGGAACAACGGAAAAAAUAAUGAGCGGCAAAACGAUGUUGCAACUGUUCUGGGAUUGACUAACUUUAAACACCGAUUUUUAGGCGAUUAAAUUUAUAUCAAUAUGAAAACAGUAUAAGCAUUCUUAACCUCCGACAAAUCUCAAGGAGCUUCAAUUUGAUGUAUAAAGUCUUUAUUGUAGCAUGUUCACUUCUGUAGAUAUCUGUGUAUUUUGGGAUAGAAUAUUGCAAUCCCUUGUAUUCUUUUGUGUAUUUUUUUUCAAUAUCAUGCCGGCAUCAUAAUUAUUAAUAUUGUGAUAUCUAUACACCAUCUUCACAUCGUCUAGAUAUCAGGUUGGUGUUGUCUUGAUGCCCUCGAAUUAUCACCUAGAUAUUAUGGUGUCACCAGUAUUUUGACAAAGUAUGUCUUGAUUUUUUGUUUCUUGUCGGGGUUACUGACAUUUUUCGUUACGUAUCUUCCCGAAUCACAGUUUGUAGCUUACGACCAUGAAAUGCGAAAUGUACAGUUUUGCUUCUUUUUUUACACUGUAAACGCGAAUAACAAAGACAUUUAUUAACUUUAGCAGCUUGUAUUAUUGUAUUCCGUAUAUCUUAAUAUACAUAACCACUUUAAUCAGUAUUGAUAUCCCGUUUUUAUUCCUGUUUUAAUUAUUUUUAGUUAAUACCAAUUGUUAGACUCGUCCUGUUUGAAUCAGCAUGUUGUAUACACUUAUUAUCGCUGCCAUUUCGAAAUGAAUACCACACACUUUCUGUCGGUGAACAGGAACUGACACUCUGCCGUCGAAGUGAGGAGUGGCUGCUACACGAAGACUAUGUAAAUUCACUAUGUCUUCAUCAAACAAAUCAACAUUUUUAUUGUUUAACUUUUAGAGAAAUUGGAAACUCUUCUAAGGGAUGUAAGUGUAAUGAGGUUCUCUCGUACUGGUCACGGUGUUUAUGUACUUUCUCCCUUUAAACUUGUAUAUGUUAUUUUUUUAUUCUUAGGUUUUUAUCUCUGUUGAAAAUACACCCAAAGCAAUUUCCUUGGGGGAUAAGUCGGCUUCUAAGCUGCGUGAAAUGUGCAUUCCUGCAUAUUAUUAACCCUCAUAAUGCUUCCUGUUUUGUUGGCUAGUUUCAGAGUUUCUUUCACCGUCAUGUUACACGGGACAUUGACGAUCAGUGUUAUACUUGUCACUUGUGGGAUUGCAUCUGCACCACGGGAGCCUGAACCCUGACAGUAGUUCACGUGUUCAGAGUUCUGCUCCUGGCUAUACGGUCACAACUAUUGUUCUGCGUUAAACCUCACCCACCAUCUUGCUGGUUGGUGUCGGUUUCAGAUGCCUCAUUCUAAGCCUGUAACUUUAAUCGCGAUGCUAGACAUUUUAUGUAGAAUCAAUUUGCACCAAAUCACUCAUGAUAUUCUAUUAUUAUUUUGGGGGGGGGGUUACGGAGUGAUAGACAUUGUAUAUAGUUUCUUUUAAAACUGUCAAAAUGCUUACAACUUGUAGAUGUUUCCCCAAUUCAGUCCAGCCUGCCAUUGGCACAGAUUAUUCAAGAUUUUGCACCAAUUUUCCAGAGCGUAUGCAAAAAGUAGAUCUGUUUCCUUCCCGGUCAUUAAAUUGUAAGUCACAUGCUCGCACAUAUAACCAUUUUAGACCUUCUUACAGUAAUUUUGAAAGUGUAUAUGGUGUCAGAUGUAUAUAGUAUAGAAAGGAUUUUAAUGUGCACUCUUAUUUUUUAUAGUCUCAGAUACAUGAUGUAUAUUUAUUUUUAGCAGUGGUGCGGAUCAGAGUAAUUAAUAAGAAAUUUAGUCUCACAUUUUGAAGUACCAAGAUUAGACUCUUCAAUCCCUUGGCAUGGAUUUUUAAAAAUGUAUAUUCGAUUUUUAGGGGGCCCCAGAAAUUGUUGGAUUUUGAUGGGCAUUAACGCACACACGUGGCGAGUGUUUAAAAAAAGAUUAUUGAUUUUGAUUAAGCUAUGUUUUGCUUUAUUGGCUUUUUGCGUGAAGAACUGGGGGCGGGGGUACUUUCACCAAACACAAACCUUGCUUGAUUGAGACAACACGCUGCGUGUGCGUCUGGCACUGCGUUUUGGCUUUGGCCCGCGCCAGGCACGCGUUGCCUCUGGACUUUGAGUGUCGCUCCAACCUCUCUGCUGGCUACCGUAGAGGGGGUACUUGUGAACGAAGAUGAUUCACCUGAAAUUGCCAGCCCGCUUUCACAAUGGAGUUUUCUAAUUCUCAUGUUAUCUGUAUUGUAUUGUGUUGUAGGUUGUGUAUAGCUGUAAAUGAUUGGACCCAAUUGAUUCUGUGGAUUUUUAUUGGUGUCUGUUUUUACGAUAUUGUAUACACAACCGUCAAAUUAUCGUCUCAAUUGUUAAUUUUGUUGUUUGAAUAUAAUUAACAUCAAGCUAUUGUGUUAACAGUGACGCACAUGUUGUAGAUUUACUUACAAAAUCAAAAAUAUUUAUUUCCCAACCAGAUGCAGUUUAAGUACAUGAUAAAAUUGUGGCAAUACUAAUAUGACAUAAUACGUAGACGUAAA